AUGUGACCUUCCUGUGACGAGAUGCACGGACUAAGCCAAUAAUUUAUAAGUAACUCAACUGGUUCGAGUGCCAUGUCAUCACAUCAUGUCAGGUACCGUCUCACUCCAACCCACUGCAAUUCCGAUUAUCGACUUUGCAUGCUUCGGGGAUGGUACUUCCUUGGAAGCGACAGAAAUAGGAAAUCAAUUAGUCAAAGCGUGUCGAGAAGUCGGUUUUGCAUACUUUCGCAACACUGGAAUCCCUCAGGCAGAGGUGGAUUGCAUAUUUGAAUGGAGCAGGAAGCUAUUCUCGCUUCCAAUCGAAACGAAGCUAUUGGCUCCUCACCCUAAGGAGGGAUGGAAACACCGAGGAUAUAGCGGGGUUGGUAGGGAGCAAAUUUCCCAAAUGGUGUUCGACCCGACGCAGCUCGCUGAGAUACGGAAACAAACUCCGGACUUCAAAGAAUCAUUUGACAUUGGGCGUAAUAAUUGCUCACGCAUCUCCAAUGUCUGGCUCCCAGAGGAAGUUCUUCCUGGCUUCAGAGACGCAGCAUCUACUUUCUUUGAUACAUGCCGUCGCUUUCAGAUCGAGAAGUUGUUGCCUGCGUUAUCUUUAGGGCUUAAGCUCCCUGGCGGCGGCGAAUUUUUGGGAAAAUAUCACCAAGAAGCAGAGAAUCAACUGCGAUUGUUGCAUUAUCCAGCUGCGCCAGCAGAGUUAUUCGCAUGCGGUGCGAAAGGCAGAAUCGGUGCGCACACGGAUUAUGCAAUGGGCACGAUUUUGUUCCAAGAUGAUGUUGGGGGACUCGAAGUUGAGAGCCCUUACGGUUCAGGAAAUUUCAUUGCUGCGUCACCCAUCCCGGGAACUGUUGUUUUCAAUAUAGGGGACUUCUUGAUGCGGUGGUCAAACGACACACUCAAAUCAACAUUGCACCGCGUGCGUGCGCCCACGAAUGAUGGCAAGUUGGGAGUGGUCAAAGAGCGCUUCUCGAUUCCAUAUUUUAUGUCUUCUGACAGAGAUCUUUUGAUUGACUGCCUCCCUGGCUGUUGGGACAAAGACAGGCCGAAGAAGUACGAUCCUGUGACAGCAGGGGCGUAUAUUGACAUGCGGCUUGAUGCUACGUAUUAAUGAUUUCCCCAACAUGAAACGAUUCUGAAUGUUGAAUGGAUGGUGAAGGUCUUCCCUGGCCCGGACCUUUUACUUCUUGUUCUGAUGUUGUCAUAUCGUCUAUACCUUCCGGUGACAUAUCAGGGGUUUCAACAUUUUAUUUCUUGCAAGAUUUCAAUUUAAAGCAAAUCUGGAACUGAUUAGAGCAUUCGAAACCUAGCCUAGAGCGUCCGGAGCACUCUAGAAAGUAAUUCCACUGGCGGCAAAAUGUCAGUUUCCCCGCUGUGUGAUACGCAGGUUAUCUUCUCGCUCAUCAUUGCAAUAUGCUGGUGCGCUGCAAUUAUCUAAUUAAUCUCCGUC